CUUCUCAACCCAAACUUAUUUCCCGCUCGGCGUGCAUGUCGUCCGUCUUUCUCCACAGAGGGACAGCUGAGAGUAGAUGCCAAUGUCUCCGUCCACAAGCCAGGUGAGCCUCUGGGCAUCAGGACAGAGGUGAAGAACAUCAACAGCGUCCGAUACCUGGCCAGGGCUAUAGACUACGAGAUCCAGAGACAGACCGAAGUCCUGCAGAGAGGGGGUACGGUGCAAAAUGAGACCCGGGCGUAUGAUUCCAAAUCAGGGGAGACCAUUCCUAUGAGGGACAAAGAGGGUCUCCAGGACUACAGGUUUAUGCCAGAGCCCAACCUGCCCCCUGUGAUUGUGUAUGAGGAUAUCGUAUCGCUGCCCACUGGCAUUGAUGCAUGCCAGGCUGUGGUGGUGCAGAAGAUAAGGGCAGGGCUGCCAGAGCUACCCAGUGUCAAAAGAGACAGGCUGGUGCAAAUGUACGGCAUCCUGCCCGAGCACGGCUUCACUCUGGUGAAUGAGGACGGGCUGGUGGAGUACUUCGAGGCCGUGCUGAAGGCGACCAAGAAGGAGCCGAGGAAGGUGAUUGGCUGGGUGACCAAUGAGCUGGUGGGUCACCUCAAGCAGCAAGACAUGAGUGUGAGCCAGAGGUGAGAUGUUCACACACAGCGCUUCAUGUCCCUUUACAAUAUUCACACAAUGCUUAUUGUUUGUCUUGGCUGAUACAUGCAGAGCUAUUCUGCUGGCAAUGCUCAGGUUUAGAUGUCUGGGCUCCAACACAUGACCCCUCUGAGCCUCUUGUUGAUUGGCUGGCUCACUUUGUACCUCUUGCGUGCUGUAUCUGAAAAUGUUGCCGAAUUGGAGCUGUGACACAAGGUGCACACGGGAAGUAGCUGCUUUCAACUUGAGUCAGGAAGUCAUGAGACAUUUUGUUUUCUGAAUUUACUCAAACUUUAGUUUAACUUCUUGUGAAUUACUGAACAGUUUUCAGCCCGAAGGCCUCCUCUGAUAAAUAUAACAUCCGUAAUAAGGGUUAAUACGCUGAACAUCCUGACGAUGCUCACAGUUCAGCAGGUCCAGCUGGGGCUCUUUCUGACUCAUUCCCUGUCAUCUCUCCCUGUCUGUAAUGAUGGCACCCAAAUGUCUGUCAGGCUUCUCUUAAUUGUAAGGAGUCUCAAGCCACUGCUUCGAGGGUUUAACGUGUGUGUGUGUGUGUGUGUGUGUGUGUGUGUGUGUGUGUGUGUGUGUGUGUGUGUGUGUGUGUGUGUGUGUGAGAAAAACUGUGAUUUCCCCUAUACAUGAUUUAGUUCACCUGGUGUCAGAAGUUGAGCUCCAUAUCCUUUUACUCAUGACUAAACUUAAGCCGGAGACACUUCAAGGAAUCGAGCAUUUAUAGCAGAUGUUUAUACAGAUAGAUUUGCUGUACAAAGAAUCUCUCAAGCUCACAAAAAAAUCCCAUUAGCAGGGAAGGCUCUGCAGGGAGAACUAAUCCCCCCCAUGAUAAACACGUGAACAUUAGCUCUGUAACACCAGUUGAAUCAAUAACACCAAGAAACUUAGCACAUAAGGAGGAGUCUUGGGUGUUGGAGGGAGUUCUGGCAGCAAACAACGUUGGCACGUGCAUAUCGGCAGAGUGAAGCUGCAGUCAGACCAUGUGGAGUGGCAGGAGGGAUAGCAAACAGCACUGGAAGGGUUGUAAACAUGAACUGCAAGAGCAACUAUACAGCAUGUUACUGUCAUUUACAUCACUGUCCUCGUUGCAGCUUCACAGCAUCCUUUCUAAUAAAACGGGCCUCGCAAUUUCGGCUGUCAGAGUUCAAUCUGAUUGGACGAGGAUAAAUUCCAAGCCGGAAGCAAAUUUGUCUCGCCCCCUUUCACAUAGAAAUGAAUGGGAAGCGGACUCCAGUCUGACUGCACCACAAUAGUGUUAUGUAUCAGGUAAUGAUGGCCACGCUGUGGACCUGCAUGGAUAUCAUUCAACGUACUUAAUCAGCUGAUAGCCACGGGACUGUGAAUGAAGCAGCUGAUGCGAGAGCGACUUCACUGACGAUACGCUUCAUGUCUUAGUUGCACCUUUGCCAAUGAAUGAGCUCUUUUCAAUGUUUUUAAAUAAUCUGACCUUUUCACAUGCACAGCAGCCGUAGCUGGCAUCAUACUGAAUCAAAAUGAUAGCCAGAGUCGUAUUGAUAUUCCAUUUACCAAGCGAAGGGGAAAAAAUGAGUGGCUAUCAACUGAAAGCAGAAGUGCAGGGCAACAACAAUCCUAAUAUCAAACUCUCUUCAUUUGUAAAAAAUCAAUCUCAUUUUGUUGUCGCUACUCUUGACACACAUUACACAAACCUCCAGUUCUUGGCUCAAUAAGAAAGACUUAAGUUAUUGAACCGCCUCCUUUUUAUUCCUCUAAGUUUUGCACUGGGUUGAAAAGCAGAAAAAGGAUUAUGUCCUGUUCUCUAUAGUGCACAGAAUAUAUAUAUAUACGUAUAUAUAUAUACUUUAUAUAGUCAAGCUACAAUGUCUGAACAAUGGUGAGGUCAUAAAUCAUCUGAUAUUCCAUAAUUCUUUGUGUCUGUGAUGAGAAAAGCCCUGCGACAGUCUGACAGCCCGUCAGUUUUGACAAAUCCAAUUACAUUAGUGAAACGAUAACUUUUUGGAAGACGGUGUUGUUUUGAUCUUUUCUCCGCUGAAGGCCUUUUGGCUGGAACACGUAGGAUUUGUUAAAUGUUCCAAGACACUCUUGAAUAAAGUCUUAUUUUGAUAUUUCUAUACAGAGAUGUUGCCAUAGUACCUUUCACGCUUGCCUAUCUAUAGCCACCGGCGAUGAAGGAAAUAACACAAGUUGUGUCGCAGUGUUUCUGUUUCUGGCAUACUGAGACGCUGGAUAUCAGACACUCAUUUCAACUCAUUUCAUUUUCUAAAAAUGGCAGUUCAGUAGUGACUGCAGCUAGAAGAAAGAAAAGGAGGGUCGGAUGCAUCUGUGUUGUAUUUGUGAAGGUCAGUCACCAGAUCACUACUUUGGAAACCUCACUUCAGCUUGUUCAGACUUGAAAUCGGUAUUUUUCUUUGUGAAAAAAGCAAUAUUGUUCUCUGAUCAUUUCU